UUCUGAAGAACAAACUUUGCUAACACUCUAGGACAUUUUACCACUGAACAAAAAGAUGGUGGCUGCUGGCUUUCAGAUUAUGGGCAUUGCCCUGGCCAUUAUUGGAUGGAUUGGAGUCAUCAUAGUAUGUGCUAUACCUCAAUGGAGAGUGACUGCCUUCGUUGGACAGAACAUAGUGACUGCUCAAACGACAUGGGAGGGCAUCUGGAUGACAUGUGUGGUGCAGAGCACGGGGCAGAUGCAGUGUAAGGUGUAUGACUCCAUGCUGGCUCUGGGGCAGGACCUACAGGCUGCCCGAGCUCUUAUCAUCAUCUCCAUUUUGGUGGGCAUUUUUGGGAUUUUCCUGGCCAUCGCUGGAGGGAAGUGCACCAACUGUGUGGAGGAUGAGGCAGCUAAGGCCAAAGUGUGUGUGGCAGCAGGAGUCAUCUUCAUCAUCAGUGGGAUCCUGUGCCUGGUGCCCGUGUGCUGGACGGCCAACACUGUGGUCAGAGAAUUCUACAACCCCAUGCUGAUGAACUCUCAGAAGAAAGAGCUCGGAGCCGCCCUCUUCAUUGGCUGGGGCGCCUCUGCUCUACUCCUCAUUGGUGGGGGGAUUCUCUGUGCAAACUGCCCUCCCAAGGAUAACUAUAACUCUGCCAAAUACACUGCCUCUCGAGCCACUGCUCCCAAGGACUAUGUGUGAGGAAAAGAAUUCUUUUUUUUACAAAGACUUGAUGUAUAUAGUCUGCUCCUGGAAAUAUUUUAUGUGUACCAUUUUAAUUUCAUCAUUUAUUUGAAACAGUAACACUGCAAAAAAAAAAGGGAAGUGCCACACCCAGAUGUAACUGGAUGGAGAAGGGACUUCAAAUGCAUAGCCUACUAUUGAAAAUGUUUUAUGUCUUUUUCAGUCAUUUAUAUUAUGUCCAUUGUCAGCAAUUUGUGCUGUAAAUAAAUGUUUAAUUGAAAUAUU